CGAGACGAGCCUGUGAUGUGAACUAAUUCCAGCGGCAACUCCACGAUCCAAGCGUAGAGGCUACGUCAAGGCACCCGGCCUAGUCGAUGAGCAACAAUCCCCGCAAGCACCGUGCGCCUUUUCGGCCUCUAGACACAUUCGCAUCUGCUCAGAAGCCCACUUUCCAGGCUGAGAGUGCAACGCGCAACAACCAGCUGCCCUGCCUGUACAGCGACGGCGAAGACAACUCGUCGCUGGCCGCCAAGGAUAGCUAUCUCGGCGACUCGAGUUCGCUCUUCGACGACACCCAGUUCGCGAACUCGUAUACCCCUCCACCGCCCGCCGCCCACUCUCGAACCACAACCAAACGCCACGCGCCCACAGCACACAAUAUGGUGCGCGAGCGAGAGCCACCGCGAAAUGUGCCCGCGCCGGCGCCGGCACCUGCGCCUGCGCCGAAACCCCUGCAGGAGUUUAGAAAACCAGGGCCACAGUUCGGGCAGGCCAGCCCUCUGAGAAACCCACUGAAGUUGGACAGGCCGAUGGACGAUGCAUACGCUCACCUGUUCAACAAGCCAAAGCCAGGCCAGCCAAGGCCAGAACACCACCAGGCGCCUUCGCGCAUACCCUCGCAGCCCCCCAUACCAUUCAAGCCCGCUGCCAGUCAGAGGCCCUCCAGCCAAUCAUCCCAGAGCACCUCAGAUCCCUUUGUCAACCAUCCUUUCAAAGCCCCUGCUCAAGCAAAGUCGCGCUAUAGCACGGCCUCGUCCACCGGCUCUGACAUUAUGGAAAUUCCCGCUGCCAACUUCCAGCCGCGAAAGUCAUCCCAGAAUGUGCCCAUGCCAUACAACCCGCCUACACAGACAUCCUACCCACCUCCCAGGCCGAUGUACUCCUCUGUCGGCCAUGCGAACGAUUUCCAGCCGGUGAAUAGGGGCACCCACAACCCCUUACAGCAGGGCAGGCAGACGGUGAUUCUGAACGACGAGGACGACUUUGAUCCGGAUGCAGAGAUUCACGCACAGAGUGGCCGGUUCGGAACGCCUGACUUGCAUGCUUACGUGGAUGCUGGCCAGGCCAGUGAAAACAUCAAAGCUCUUCUUGAGGGCGCCCUGGAAGAGGAUGACGAGAAGAUCCCUCGCACGCGUGGCCGAAAAAAGAAGAAGCAGCAAGAGCAGGAUGCUAGUGCGUCUUUGGCUGAUCGACUCAAGGCUCUUGAUGUUAAGGACUCAGAGACCGCAGUCGAGGCCGAAGAUGAUGAAGAUGACGACGGAGAAGACGACGGCACAGUCGACGGCCUGAAAGUCAAGCUUCUGCCUCAUCAGGUCGACGGUGUUGCUUGGAUGAUCGAGAAAGAGACGGGGGCUCAUAACAAGCGAGGCAAGCUUCCCAAAGGCGGUAUUCUCGCCGAUGACAUGGGUCUGGGCAAGACAGUACAGUCUAUCGCUCUCAUACUUUCCAACCCGCGACCCGAGAAGGGGGCUGAGCCAGAAAACAAGAAGAACAAAAUCUUGGACUCCACUGGAAAAGGGACUCUUGUCGUCGCGCCUCUAGCCCUGAUCAAGCAAUGGGAGGCUGAAAUCAACAGCAAGGUCUCCAAAACGCAUGCUCUAAAGGUCCUUGUUCAUCACGGCCCCAAUCGUACCAAGUCGGCGGACAAACUGAAGGCUUACGACGUUGUCAUCACCACAUACCAAGUUCUUGCGUCGGAACAUGCGAGCUGUGGAGAUGGCCCCGAUGGUCUCAAGAAGGGCUGCUUCGCUGUGGGAUGGUAUCGCACAAUGCUCGACGAAGCACAUACUAUCAAGAACCGCAACGCGAAGAUGACAAAGGCAUGCUAUGAGAUUCGGUCACACUACCGAUGGUGUUUGACCGGCACACCCAUGCAGAAUAACCUUGACGAGCUCCAAAGUUUGAUCAAGUUCCUCCGCAUCCAACCCUACUGUGAGAUGUCUAGCUGGAAAGAAUCCAUCUCUGGUCCAAUGAAGAACGGUCGUGGCAAUCUUGCCAUGCGCCGACUUCAGAUCUUCCUGAAAGCCUUCAUGAAGCGUCGAACAAAAGAUGUGCUCAAAAAGGAGGGCGCACUCAACUUUGGGGGCAAACCCAAGGAAGGCGAAGAGAAGCCCGCAUUUCAAAUUGUCGAGCGCAAUGUCGAGACCAUCAUAGGAGAGUUCACGGCUAAAGAGCGCGCAUUCUACGACCGCCUGUCUGACCGCGCACAAUCUCGUCUCGAUGAGAUGAUGGGCGGCGAGAAGCAGGAUUACAUUGGGGCUCUAGUGUUACUUCUACGGUUGCGACAGGCUUGCAAUCACCCCAAUCUCACCAAGAGCAAUGUCAAGGACGACAAGGAUGCCUUGACUACGGGAUCGAAGUCUAGUGCCCAGAAUAGCUUGCAGACUCCACGCAAGGCUGCCAGAGAUGAUGCUGACGAUCUUGCUGAUCUGCUUGGUGGUCUCAGCGUAGCGACCAAGCGGUGCGAUAUCUGUCAGAGAGCUUUGACGCGCGAUAACUCAGAUGGUGGGAUACGGUGCAUGGAAUGCGAGAAUGAUCUGAACGCUUCGGCCACGAAGCCCAAGAAGCACAAGAAGAAGCACCGGAGACAUAAACACAAGGAGAAGAAGGAAAAGAAACGUCAAGAGUCUGAUCAAGAAGAGGAAGACGAAGACGAGGAGGAGGAAGUAAAGCCGAAAGCCUCCCAAUCUGCCCGACAGCGACGUGUCAUUGUGGAUAGUGACGACGAAGAAGAAGAGGGCGAGUGGUUGGUACCAGAAGAUCAACAGGAAGCUGAAGACCUAGGCAAAGCUGGUGGCACAGACGACGAGAAUGCCGAUGGUGGUGGCGAUACGCUUGCCUCUCUUGACUCGCAAGCUUCUGAAAGUGCGGAUGAGAGCAGAAGCAAUCUUGACUCUUUCAUCGUGCACGAUACUGACAGUGAAGACGAAGGUCCUGCUGUUCGCAAGAAGCAGUCCAAAAAGCCUUCGGGUGUUGUCAACCUCGUCUCCGACGACGACGAUGAAUCAGCUAGCGAGACCGAUUCCGACUCCUCUGGCUCAGAAGCGGACUCGGAGGAAGAUGGCUCAGCGACCGAAUCGGAAAACGAGUACAAUGCCUCUGAGCUUGUUCCCUCGACCAAGAUCCGCCAACUUCUUCAGAUCCUGGAGAAAGAGACCCCAGACCACAAAGUCAUUGUGUUUUCGCAGUUCACUUCCAUGUUGGACCUCAUCGAACCCUUCCUCAAGCGGGGAGACUACAACUUCACGCGUUAUGACGGCAGCAUGCGCAACGAUCUGCGUGAAGCGAGUUUGAACAAACUGCGCAAUGACAAGCGCACGCGUGUCCUUCUGUGCAGUCUCAAGUGCGGAAGCUUGGGUCUGAAUUUGACGGCCGCGAGCCGUGUCGUGAUCAUGGAGCCAUUCUGGAAUCCUUUCGUCGAAGAACAAGCCAUAGACCGCGUGCACCGCCUGAACCAAACCGUCGACGUAGUCGUCUACCGCCUCUCCAUCCACAACUCAGUCGAAGAGCGCAUUCUCGAACUCCAAGAAGCAAAGCGCAAACUUGCCAAAGCGGCCAUUGAGGGCGGUAAGGCGAUUGGGAAACUCAGCAUGAAGGAUAUUAUGCAGUUGUUCAAGCGCGAUGCCGAGUUCGAGGAUAAGCAUGCGGAUGUGCAUGAUGAAGGCAUGUUUAGGACUACGAGGGUGUUGGAGAGCGAGGAUGGAGAGAGGGUCGAGCGCGAGAGGGUUAAGAGGAAGGCGGGCAGUUUGGGGUUCAGGAAGGAGAAGGAGGAUAGUGUGUAUGGGAGGCGGUAGGUAGAGUCUGGUGUUUUUCGGAUCGGGCAUGUGGAGUUUGUAUGAUUCACGAUGGGGAGGUCAUGUAUGGAGGCGUCUCGGCUUGGAUAGCCUGCUUUUAUUCUUGGGUAUGUACUUUGCAUUCAUCCAAACUCGCUUUUAUCAGUACCUGCAAUCUUGACAAUCUUGAUGUCCAAGUGUCCGGCCUGAUAGAAUUGGUU